AUGUCCGAGCGUUACAGUUUUUCUCUCACAACCUUCAGUCCCUCUGGAAAAUUGCUUCAAAUUGAGUAUGCAUUGAAAGCAGCAGAAUGUGGUGCUCCUUCAGUCGGUAUUCGCGCAUCCAACGGUGUUGUCUUGGCCGUCGAAAAGAAAUUUGGCACCGAAUUAAUUGACGAAUCAACAAUAUCCCGUAUUCAAAUGGUGACAAAAAAUGUCGGAAUGGUGUAUAGCGGCCUUUCUCCGGACUAUAGGGUUCUAGUCAAGCAAGCACGCAAAUCCGCACAGGCCUACCAGCUUGCGUAUGAUGAAUCCAUUUCCCCUGAACAGCUAGUCGUGCGCAUCGCUUCUGUGAUGCAAGAAUAUACACAAUCAGGAGGCGUGCGGCCGUUCGGUGUUUCGCUGCUUGUUGCUGGAUGGGAUCAUAAUGCCAACCGCGCCUAUCUUUACCAAUGUGAUCCAUCUGGCACCUACUUCCCAUGGAAGGCUACUGCUUUGGGUAAAAACUCAAUGAAUGGCAAAAAUUUCUUGGAGAAACGUUAUAACGACAAGCUGGAAUUGGAGGACGCAGUUCACGCGGCAAUUCUUACUUUGAAGGAAAGCUUCGAAGGACAAAUGACGGAGAAGAACAUCGAGAUUGCUGUCUGCAACGAUAAGGGAUUCCGCAUUCUGCAACCUUCUGAAAUUAAAGACUACCUGGCAACUAUCCCAUAA